AUGUAUAUGUUGUACAAUCACGACGGGUUACAUAGAAAACAGGAACAUUGGUUGCGUUGUGGAUCCACGCCUGGUUGUGGAUUUCUUUUUAAAAAGAGUAAUAUUCCUACUCGAAAAAAAUUAAGUGGCGCCCAAUACCGAAAAGAAGUAAAGGAGAGGCAAGAGAAAGAAGAAGUUUUGAAAAAAACUAGGAAAAUAAAAAAUUAUUUUCAAAAGCAGUCAGGCAAAAUUCCAGUGAACGACAUUUCUGGAAUUGGAAACGUUGAAGUUCAAAAUGAAGAUACAAACAUUACCAUGAAUACAAAUGAUGAUUCUGUGAAUAAUCCAUCUCCAAGUCUGCCUACAUCAACCACACAUUUUGGAAAAAAUCCUGCUGAUUCCAUCAUACGACAAGAGUUACCUAAAGUACAAAAUGUUACUCAUUCUGGUUUUGUAAGUAAUGAUCCAGCGGAGUGGAUAAUUAAGGAUACAAUGAUUGAAAUUUUACUGGCCAGAGAAAUUAAUCAAAAUUUAGAUAACGAUUUUACUAAAACCAGAAUAUUUUACGAACCUGGAAAAUUUCGAUCUCUGAGUAAAGAUAAUUUCAAAAGAAAAUUGAAAAAUGGAGAAGAAUACGACCGAAAGUAUUUAAUAUACUCUCCCAGUAAGAAGUCAUUAUUUUGCAUGCCAUGUCGAUUGUUUAGAGGCAAAUCUUCGCUGGCAAAAGAAAACGGAUGUAACGAUUGGAAAAAUAUUAAUCAAAUACUGAGCUCACAUGAAAAUUCGAAAGACCAUCAAAUUUGCCAAAAAGCCAUGUUAAAUCGAAGUAGAGCUAAUGCGAGGGUAGAUAAUACGCUUUGUUCGCAAAUUGAUGCUGAAAUCCAGUAUUGGAAAAACGUUUUAAAACGAGUCUUGACAGUGAUUAAGAAACUCAGCAGUCGAAGGCUUGCUUUCAGGGGACAUGAUGAACGAUUUGGAUCUACCCAUAACGGCAACUGCAUGAUGUGUCUGGAAUUACUGGCAGAGUUUGAUCCGUUUUUAGCAAAUCAUAUUGCUACUGGCGGAAAUCCUGGUAAGGGUAAUACGUCAUAUUUAUCGUCAACAAUAUGUGAUGAAUUUAUCAACUUGAUGGCCAAACAUGUAACGAACAAAAUUGUAAAUGAAAUUAAACAAUGCAAGUAUUUCUCUAUCGUCGUUGAUUCUACUCCUGAUAUUAGUCACGUCGAUCAAUUAUCGUUUGUUUUGAGAUAUGUGAAAGACGGUAUUCCAGUGGAACGAUUUUUGCGCUUUCUACCAAAAGUAGGCCAUAAAUCUGAAAACAUGGAGGACGCAGUUCUCUCAUUUUUGGAAAAUCUUGGAAUUGACAUAAAAAACUGCAGAGGACAGUCGUACGAUAAUGCGAGUAAAAUGUCCGGUGCAUAUACUGGAUUACAAGCGCGAAUAGUCAAACACAAUUCUCUGGCUAUAUAUGUCCCGUGUUCAGCUCAUUCUCUGAACUUGGUUGGUUCAUGCGCUGCUGAGUGUGUUCCUGAAGCCUCAGCAUUUUUUAAUACCAUUCAGACCAUAUUCACAUUUUUUGCCGCUUCUACUAACAGAUGGGAUAUAUUUAAAAGUAACUUAAAAAAUGGCCAAACAGUGCUGAAACGGGCAAACGGCACUAGAUGGUCUAGUAAACACGACGCUUGUAAAAGUUAUGCUACAAGUUGGGCGGAAGUUGUACAAUCUUUGAGUAAAAUUCAAGACGAUAUGAUGGAGAAAGCUGCGACUCGGAGUGAAUCAAAAGGUUACAAAGACCAAAUAAACAAUUUCGAAUUUGUUUUUAUGACAAUUUUUUGGAACACGUUAUUAGAACGUUUUAAUGCGACAAAUAAAUCGUUACAAUCGAUAAAAAUACAUUUGGAAACCGUUGUCCACCUUUAUACAUCCUUGACAGAUUUUGUCAUCCAAUUACGAAAUGAAGAGAUGUUUGAACAAUUCAUAAAUAAAGCCAAACAAUCAAUCCCAGAAGAAUAUAAAUUUGAUAUGAAGCGGUCCAAAACUAAAUCAAUUUUACCAGAUGAAACACGAAAAAAUGAAACGAAACCUCAAAACGGAAAAGAUAACUUACGUAUAAAUGUAUAUUACCCAAUACUAGAUUGCAUUUCAGUUGAACUGAAGAAAAGGCAAAUGGAUUAUACUGAAAUGCUGUAUAAAGAUGAUUUGGAUGAAAAUUUUGUAACUGAGGUACUGCACUACAAAGAGUAUGAAAUUUCCAACUUCGAACAGUUUAUUGAUCAAAAACUGGAGCAAACAUUUCCGAAUGUUUUCAUAGCUCUUAGAAUAUUUCUUUCCAUGGCAGUAUCCAACUGCACCGCUGAAAG